CACAGAAGGACGUUUAGGUUCAAGAGAGCUUCCUUUAAGUUGAUGUAGAACUGUUUUCUUGUGGACAUCAAUCUUCUUUAUUUUAUAGCCGCACGGAGACGAGAGGAGCCGCUAUGAUUUUAACAGCGAGUGGAUUUUUUGUCUUCCUUCUCUGUAUGCCAGUGGUUCAGGGUCAGCGUGGCUGGGGAGUGGCUUACACUUCUACUGAGAUCUGUGCAGUGAAAGGAUCAACAGUGGACAUAAGCUGCAGCUACAGAUACCCAUCUAGAAUAAAUGGCCAUGAAAACACAGUACAGAAAACCUUCUGGUUUACUCAGAAGAAAAAUGGUGAACCUGAAGAUCUGUUAACAGACUCAGAGUAUGCAGGUCGUGUAGAGUAUUGCCUUGAAAACAACAGAUGCACUCUGAGAAUCAGAAACCUGAGAGAGAGCGACUCAGCUGAGUACAGGUUCAUGUUCAUAACAAACUACGAUACAUAUACUGCUUCACCAGGAGUCACUUUGUCUGUCACAGAUCCAGAUCUACUAGUCAAGGUCAUCGGAUCAAUAGUCCACCAGAGUGUUUCCAAAGCAAAGCUUCAGUGUCACAGCAGAUGUCUUUUACCUCAUGGCCCUUCCUACAUCUGGUUCAAGAACGGACAGAAAAUUCGGGCAGAAACAUUUUCUUUUUCAGUCAAUUCUUAUUCAGCUGACAGCUAUUCCUGCGCUCUUAAAGGACAUGAGGAUUUCCCGUCUCCUUCACAGUGUGUCAGAGGUCAAACCUGCAACAGAGUAAUUUACACUGAGAGAAGCAUCUGUGCCCCCAAAGGAUCAUCAGUGGACAUUUCCUGCACGUACAGCAGCUUUGAAGACGAUGUUAAAUCUAAAUUCUGGUUCAGUCCUGAGCGUCGUCAUCAGGGACAGAAUCCCUCUCAACCUGAGGACCUUAGUGAAGACCCCCAGUAUGCAGGUCAUGUUCAGAUCCUUGAAACAGAGAGAGGACGCUCCACUCUGAGGAUCUCUGACCUGAGAGACUCAGAUUCAGCUCAGUAUCUCUUCACAUUCAAAACACCAAGCUUUGAAUGGAGGAGUGAUUUCCCUGGAACAACUCUAACUGUCACAGCUCUGCAGGUGCAGGUGAUCAGAUCAACAGUCCACCAGUCUUACACCUAUGCAGAGCUGAAGUGUCACAGCGGCUGCAGUCCAGCUGGUGUUUCCUACAUCUGGUUCAAGAACAACGAGAAAAUCAUCAAAGAGGAAAGAUCUUUAUAUAAAGACCGGUUUUAUCCUGGAGACAUCAUCUCUUGUGCUUUGAAAGGACACGAGAAUUACAGCUUUCCUUUGCUAUAUGCUCUGAAGUUUCCUGUUGUGUCAGUAAGUCCUGAUGAAAUCAUGGAGGGCAGUUCAGUGACUCUGACCUGUAGCAGUGAUGCUAACCCAGCAGCUAACUACACCUGGUACAAGGAGAAUGGAAAUCAGAAACGUCCUCCUCUCACUACAGAACCAAAGCUUUUCUUCAGCUCCAUCCUGGUUUCUGACUCUGGACAGUAUUUCUGUGCAGCUGAGAACGAGCUGGGGAAACGGACAUCUGAAAUGAACUCUGUUGAUGUGAAAUAUCCUCCAAAGCUCCCCUCUGCGUCAGUGAGUCCCUCUGCUGAGAUAGAGGAGGGCAGUUCAGUGACUCUGACCUGUAGCAGUGAUGCUAACCCAGCAGCUAACUACACCUGGUACAAGGCAAACCAAACACUGUUUCAGGGAGCAGUAGGAAGUUAUAAUUUCACCUCCAUCAGCUCUGAGGACAGAGGGAACUACUACUGCAGGGCUGAGAAUCAAUAUGGAGAGAUCAACUCUACGUCUCUGUUUGUAGAUGUCCAGUAUGGUCCAAAGCUCCCCUCUGUGUCAAGUCCUCCGGAGGAGCUUCUCUAUGCCAGUGUCCAGUUCUCCAAAAACCAGGCAGAUCCUCUCUCCUCCAACAUCGAGGAUAGUGUUGUGUACGCUGAGGUCAAAUUUAACAGCGCUGCCCCGAGAAGUCAGAUGUCUGCCACGGAGUACUCAACUGCAUUGUACAGCACAAUCAACUAA